AUGCUUUCCGGGAGCAAUCCAGAGGGUGACUUGAAAGCUGCCCUCACACGUGUCCCUCAAGUACUCCCGGAUGGCGGCAUCCUUGGCUUCGGCCUCUCUCACGCUUAUCCCUUCAACUCCAACAGCACAAACCUCUUUAACCUCAAGGACUAUUUAAAAGGAUCUGAUGCCACAAUCAACCGUGUCUGCGACGCCCUUUCGCUUGAAUCUUCUUUAAUGGCAUUCUAUCGUGAGCAGUCCAAGUGUGUCGGCAUCCUUCUGCCAAAAUUCGUCGAUUUUGGUACCCAUCAGGUCGAUGAUAGGCUUGCAUGGUAUCUUCGGGACUUCAGGGGCUCCAUUACUGUUGUGGAUUGCGACUCGGAAGGCGAAGACGACGGCUUCAUAAGAAUGAUGCGCGAAGGGGCGGACGUGUAUAGCAUUGUGUGGGCGAAUCCACUCGCAGAAGUCAAUGCAUUCAAGUCUGCCUAUAUUAGUUAUGGGAACGAGGCGACCCUUGAUUAUGCUUACGGGGAGGUUUGCCUGGUCAUCGAGCUCCCUCCAGCUGAGGAACGCCAGUAG